AAGUCGGCACCCUGGCUUAGGGGCCUGUUGAGUGACCAGUGAUCAGGCACCUGCUGGAAUUCUGUGAGGGGUGAGGGCGCAAAGCGAUGAAAUAUUCCAAAGCUGCCACUGUUCUUAUGAGUUUGAGCUGACCUCGUGGGAUGCCCCCAGGAACGAAUUUCAUACACACCCCCCGAGAGCCCGGUGCCCAGCUACGCUGCCUCGACGCCGCUACAUGUGCCAGUGCCCCGAGCGCUCAGGAUGGAGGAGGACUCGAUCCGCCUGCCCGCGCACCUGCGACUGCAGCCAACGUACUGGAGCAGGGACGACGUAGCCCAGUGGCUCAAGUGGGCUGAAAGCGAGUUUUCUUUAAGACCGAUCGACAGCAACACGUUCGAGAUGAACGGCAAAGCCCUCCUGCUCCUGACCAAAGAGGACUUCCGCUACCGGUCUCCUCAUUCAGGUGAUGUGCUCUAUGAACUCCUUCAGCAUAUUCUGAAGCAGAGGAAACCUCGGAUUCUUUUCUCACCGUUCUUCCACCCCGGAAACUCGAUACACACGCAGCCGGAAGUCAUCCUGCACCAGAACCACGAAGAAGAUAACUGUGUCCAGAGGACCCCGAGGCCGUCGGUGGAGAACGUCCACCACAACCCACCCACCAUUGAACUGUUGCACCGUUCCAGAUCGCCCAUCACGACAAAUCACCGGCCCUCUCCUGACCCUGAGCAGCGGCCCCUCCGGUCCCCCAUGGACAACAUGAUCCGCCGCCUCUCCCCAGCCGAGAGGGCCCAGGGGCCGAGGCUCCACCAGGAGAACAACCACCAGGAGCCCUACCCCCUGUCCGUGUCUCCCAUGGAGAAUAACCACUGUCCACCGUCCUCCGAGCCCCACCAGAAGCCAUCCAGCCCCCGGCAGGAGAGCACGCGGGUGAUCCAGCUCAUGCCCAGCCCCAUCAUGCACCCUUUGAUCCUGAACCCCCGGCACUCCGUGGAUUUCAAGCAGUCCCGGCUCUCCGAGGACGGGCUGCACCGGGAAGGGAAACCCAUCAACCUCUCCCAUCGGGAAGACCUGGCCUACAUGAACCACAUCAUGGUCUCCGUCUCCCCACCCGAGGAGCACGCCAUGCCCAUCGGGAGGAUAGCAGACUGUAGGCUGCUGUGGGAUUACGUCUAUCAGUUGCUUUCUGACAGCCGGUACGAAAACUUCAUCCGAUGGGAGGACAAAGAAUCCAAAAUAUUCCGGAUAGUGGAUCCCAACGGACUGGCUCGACUGUGGGGAAACCAUAAGAACAGAACAAACAUGACCUAUGAGAAAAUGUCCAGAGCCCUGCGCCACUACUACAAACUAAACAUUAUCAGGAAGGAGCCGGGACAAAGGCUUCUGUUCAGGUUUAUGAAGACCCCGGAUGAAAUUAUGAGUGGCCGGACAGACCGUCUGGAGCACCUUGAGUCCCAGGAGCUGGAUGAACAAAUAUACCAAGAAGAUGAGUGCUGAAGGAACCAGCCCCUGUCUCGGCGGGCCGGCAGCCAAGGGCGCCCUGCCUGCCAGGAUGACUGAGGAGAGGAAGGGAAGAGACCCGGAAACGGCAGUGACACUCCUCUCGCCCACCAGGAGGGACCCCGGAGCACCUUAGACAAACCACUCAGCAAAGGCGGCGCUGGAAUUCUGGCCGAGGGCACCAGCCUGGGACUCGAGUCCUGGUUCUUUCUCGUUUGGAAUCUCCAUCUGUAAUUCCUCUCCCUCCCUCCCCCUCCCCCCGCGUUGUUAGUUUCAUGGUGUUUUUGUUUUUUAAGACCAUGCGGUUUGAUUUUUCAUCAUUCAUACAGGGGAAGACACCCCAGGUUGUUUUCCUAUGGAAAUAUGUAUCUAUUAUAUAUAUAUAUUUUUUGCAAAUCUCACCAAGUGCAGAAGCCGAGCUGGUCACGAGAGAGAACAUGUGCUAAAGCGCUCAGGUUCCUCUUGAUCCUGCCACGUGGAUCAGCUUUGCUCCUGUUGCUGUUGGGUCUUGGCUGGGGUGGGGGGGAGAAAAAAAAAGAUGCUUUUAAAAAAAGAUAAAGUGAAAAGGAGAGCUCUCUCUUCUCUCUCUGGCUCUCUUUCCUUCCCUGCCUCCCCUUUGCCCUCCCUCCCCGUCUGCUGUUGAACUUCAGAGGCUCUUUCAGCAAGAGUUCAGCCUCUUGGAGAGUCUUGGGAGUUGGUGGCCCCUAAACGGAAUCAGUGGUCAGGGUGCUUUAGAGCCAGCACCAUGAAAAUCAAAAGCACAACCCAGCCUUGGGCUACCCAUCGCGGGGAAGCCAAAACCAUCACAGAGGCCGCCGCCCUCCGGAAAGAGCAGUGCUAGUCCGGCAGGCCACCCCUGACGUGGCUGUGAGGACCACGAGGCUUGGUGGUUCCAUGGAGCAAAAGAUAAGUGUGGAAGAGUUAGUUUGCAAAGUGCUCCAAAGUGGAAAAUAUAGAAAGACCACACAGACCUGGCGGUCUGGAAACUGGGUGAAAAAUCUCCUGCAGUGGGGAUGUAUUACUAUUCCAAAGCAGGCACCAGGAGGGGUCUUCUCUGCUCCAUCCCCGAGGCCACCUGGCCGUCAGGUUCAUGCCCUCGUCUAAUUUUUAUCUCAAUUCCUAGCCUGUUUCAAAGUGUCCUGGUCCCCGUAGGACACAGGGCCUUUGAGAGGGGAGGAUCCUCAAGUGUGCAGUCCUAGUUGGAUCGGUGUUUGCCGAGCCUGGGCAGACAGGAAAUUCCUCAGAUACAUUGCAUUUUCCUUCUCUCAUAGCUGUGUUUCACAAUGGACCCGUCUGUGGCUCUUUUUCGCCUCAAAAUAAGGUCAAUGAUAUCUUAUAAAAUGAGGAAAGUGCCACUUCUUAGUACUUUUGAUAACAUAUUUUCAUAAAGCUAGUGUAGUUUUUUUUUCCCUUUUCUAGCCACCUAAAUUGACUCUUCUAACACAGGCUCGGAGCCCAGCAUUAGUACAGUCUUUUUUUACUCGAAAAGAUGAGACCUGCCUUACAAAGCACCCCCUCCUCGUUUCUCUCCGGUUCUUCUCCUCAGCUGAGUGAGCAUCUUGUGGUCCCCCAGGGUCCGUGGGUACCUGGUCAGCGGCACUUCCAGAGGAAGCUGCCAGACCCUCGAGCCACUUCUGAUUAAAUCAGGCAGGCAGGGGUUACAGACACACGGGCAGGAGGAAUCCCCCCCUCCCUUACUGGCAAGGAAACCAGCCUGUGGGGGGAGAGGGACAAACAGAUUGGCUGUCCAUUCGAGGACUCCGGAAGCUUCCUGCCUCUUAGAUGGAUAGACAUGUGGAAGGAGCCCCCCCCCCCCCACUAUCACACACUCCCCUCACUCUGCCUUCCAGAAUGUUGGGCUUGCGGUGAGCUUGGGGACUGGCUGUGAGGCUGGAGGGUCCCAUUAGGAAGGGUUUGGGCUCAAGCUACUUGAAUGGGGAUGAAAUCCAGCUGGGUCCCAGCACGCUCCAGAUGCCUUUCAAGAGCACACGGUGAUAGUUUUCCAGCCUCUAAGAUGACAGAUACUGGCUCUCCAAUGCAGAGGUUAAGCCACAUGCCUGAUGUGUUGUGAAAGCCACUGAGUUCAAGGGCUGGAGAGAGAGAGUGGGUCUUUACUGAGGCUCUUUGUGUGACUAUGAAAUCAGAGGCCCAGGCAUAAUGGGGCUCCUCCCUGAGAUUAGAACUUCUCAUUCUAUCCACCCAGGUAUUAAGGACUUGGGCUCUGAUUGUUCAAAGAAUCUUACAGUUGAACCAUAAAGGAGAAAUUCUCCUUUUUCCCCAGGAUUUCCAUAUUUAAAGCAAUAUCCUGUAAGACUAUAAAAGACUUAAGAUGACACCUUCAGCCACUUGAAGAAGAAAUAGAAGGUGCUAAUUCCAAACGCAGUCUUUAUCGCCCAACUAGAUGUUACCACUUUUGGUUUUCUGGUGAUUCCCUUAAUGGCCAAAGUUCUUCUCAUUGGUUCUUUGAGAGAAUACCUGGGCAAUGCUGGCCCAGGGAUCCAGUGCUUACACACUGCAGACCCACAAGAUUUCAGAUUCAAUUUAGCAAAGUUUGGUGGAUCACCUGCUAGACUCCCCGAAGGAUUCAGAAGCAUCAGGAGCCAUCCUUGCCCUCCGAGAGCUCAUCUUCUACCUGGAGGAUCUACCUAGCAUGAAAUUUCUCACUGCAACCCUAAGCACUAGAGGUGACAAAAAUUUCACCUGGGACCAAAUUAAAAGGGCAUCCAUGAUAUGAGUAGCUGGCCUUUCCCUGCUGCCACCGUGGGAGUUCCUGACCCACAAAAGCAGGAAUCGGGAAACAAAAACGCAGAAAGCCAUGGCAGGGGGAGCAGCUUCCUCCGGCUGUGGCCGGGGUGGACACUCUCAUUGUAUCUUGAAAUUCUCUGGCGUCUUCUUUGCCCCGCACCUUGAGAUAGCCAGGAUGCCUCCUCUCCAUCUGAAGAAAGUGACCGCUUAUGUGGAAGUAACAUGAUCUCUAAGAUGUUUUUAUACCAAGGCAACUCUGUCUUGCCUAAGGUAGCAGCAUCAAUGUCCCAAAUCCUUUUUUAUGGGGGGUGGGUCCCCACAGGAAAAGAGUAACAGACUGAUGAAUUUUCCCCUGUCAACAGUAUGUCUGGAACCCUCUGGAUCCACUGUCUUCUUACACUGAUACUUUAUCCAAAUGAGAAUAUAGAUUUAGCUGAAACUUAAAUGGCUAUAAGAUGUACCUAAAAUGCCUAAGUAACCAUCAUCACCUCUGACUGCCUAGGAUCCAGUUCUGAAUACAAUUUUGAAACAUUAACUCCCUUUUGCAGUAGGGAAACCUGAGUAUCAGAGAGAUCAUGUGGCUUGUCCCAGGAGCAGACGGCAUGCCAAGGACAGAAUUAGGAUUGGGGUCCAGCCUGGCCAUACCCCCAUUUGACCCAUUCCCACCCGGGAAGCUGAAAAGAUUGGGGAAAUACACAAAGAACAAAGGGCAGUUUUUUUGCCCAAGCAUUCGGUGCUAGUUCGUUUUCACCCACUCAACCUGUUCCCCUUCUGAGCUGAAACCCAGAAUGGAGGAUGUGAUCCAAGAAGCCGUGGCGGGGGGGAGGGGGGAGUGACAAUAGUCCCUGCCUGCCUGCAAACCACAGAAGCCUAACCUGAUACUCUUUUGGCUCCAUCUGCAUCAACACUAAACCACCACAAGCUCCCUGAAUCUUUCACACAUGCCAAGUGGACAUUCUUGAAGAUUUCUCUUUGUGACUGCAACCACCUGCCAACCAGACGAAUCUAGAAUUUCCUUUUUUUUUUUUAAUUUCUAAUCUCUUGUUGUUUAUGAGGUGUGGGGUUUAUAAGGGACUGAAUCAAAUGAAUGUAACAAAAAAGAAAAAAA